AACCUACCAAACCAUUCCGGUAAAUGUCAUUUUUAUAACUGUUCGUAAUUCUUGUCAACGACAUGCUAGACUUUUGGAAAAAAGAGGAACCGAAACAGGAAGAUGAUGAUGAUCCUGUGACGAAACUUAUGAAGCAGACGGGCUGCCUAGACUUACACCACCAAGUGCAGUACUGCAUUGCUGAGAGGAAAGAUUGGCGGCUUUGUCAAGAGGAAGUGAAAAAGUUCCGGAGUUGUAUGGAUGCGUAUAAUGCACGAAGAAAAGAAAGCUUAAAGUAAGCAAAAUGAUUGACACAAUUUUUGUUGGGGCAGGGGGUCUUCUGGCUGGGUUUAUGUUAGGCAGCCCCACAUCACGCCGCAUAUUUCAAACUCUUUGGUAUAGAAAAGCUGUAUUAAGCAAUGAAAAAAUUAAAUUGGUUAUCGUAGUGCGCACUGAUGUAGGCAUGACAGCGGGUAAAAUUGCAGCUCAGAGUGCUCAUGCUGCAGUGGAGGCUUAUCGUGCUGCAGAGGAGCAAGCUCCAACCUUACUGAAAUUAUGGUUAAACUCAGGACAGCAAAAAGUUGUUGUGAGGUCUGAUACACCCGGUGAACGUGGCCUCAUGGACUUUGUCCAAAAAGCUAAAAGUAAGGGGAUAAUCACAAGUUCUAUAAAAGAUGCUGGUCACACACAAGUCAAGAGAGGAACUUUAACAGCUGUUGGAAUAGGACCUGGUCCUGAAUCACUUAUCAAUGAAGUCACAGCGAGGCUGAGAAUUUAUUAGCUUUGUUAACGUUUGUAAAUUGCAAUGUUGGUAGUUAGAUAUCUUUUAAUUUUUGUACAGUCUUAGUUAUGUACUAGUCUAACCAUUCAAUUAAGUAGCACUUCUAGACAAUGUGUUAAUUUAAUAUGGUGCUUUAAGGUAUUGGAUUUUGGGCAAAUGACUAGUAUACCAAGUGUAACAAAACACCCAAAAUGCUAAAUCUAUUUAUUUUAAUAAACAUUUCCUCGUAAGUUUUGA